CGACGCCACCACUAAUAUUUAUAACAAAUCUCAGUGAAAGUUCAAUGUCUAUUUUACCUGGCUCUUUGGGCCCUACUCAUACUGUUAUAGACUGCCAGAACUUGAGGAUCAAUCCGUGGGAAUUGAUAAAGAAAGUUAUGCACGAUGACUACCUCUAA